GCGAUUUUCUCUGCUGCCAAACGACAUUUGUUCUUUUUCGUUACUAAUAAUCCCUUUAUAUUCCUUGUUUUGGCUAUUUCUAAAUGAGCGGUGGUGAUCCGUCUAACUUUAUAUCUUUCUGGAUAAGUGGUGAGGGCCAUGUGAUUUGUUUGAACUGAAAUAGUGUUAUUGACGGUCUUCAACGGGGAUAAGCUUAUUGGUUCUAUCAGUGUGCACAAGAUGGAUAGAAGCAAGGGUCGUGGGAAAUUAGGAAGGAUGUUGCCAAGGGAUGAGCCUGUGAAUGCAUACCAUUCCGCGAUUCUCUGUUCUCCCGUUGUUUCUGUUUGGGAUUGCAUCGUCCGUAAGAUGAGGUAUUCUUGCAGGCCUGAGUUUGUGUAGCCUUGAGUUUAUAUAAUCAUAUUAGUUCCCAUAAGAGAAUUAUUUAGAAAUACAUAGCAUCAAAGUUUUUCUUUUAAGGAAAAAAGUGAGGAAAACAUAGCUUUAUUGGGAAAUGUAUAUGAUCUAGAACCUUUUGAUAGUGAAAAAAUCUGAACUGAAGUCUGGGUUUAAAAGCUUCAAGUUUCAAUGGAUAACAAGGGGUGCAACAAAGUUCAACCAGUAGUGAGAAAAGCAAAAAAGAAGCAGGUGAAGGAUGAGUUGGAUCGUAUUAAGCAGGCUGAAAAGAAGAAGAGGCGUUUGGAGAAAGCCCUUGCAACUUCUGCUGCCAUCCGCUCUGAACUAGAGAAGAAGAAGCAGAAGAAGAAGGAAAAGCAGCAGAGGCUUGAUGAAGAUAGUGCUGCAAUUGCUGAGGCUGUUGCUUUGCAUGUCCUUGGUGAAGACUCCAGUGACUCUGGUGAGAUUAUGCUGAACAAGGAAGAGGGGUUCAACCGUUGGGAUUGUGGCAGUAAUUUCAAUCUAUUUAUGGGUGGAGGGGGAGCUUGCCUUCCCCACCAGGCAAACACAAAUCGUGACGGGUGGGUCACUAAUGCAUACAGAGGUGGAAGCGAGUGGUCUGCGUUUGGAAACGGUGGCUGGUCCUUCUCAUAUGGAGCUUGUGGAAGGAAUCUACAUGCGUCGUGUUUUGAGAGUAAUGGCUGGGGAAAUGAUGGACUUUCGACUGAUCUUAUCGCAGCACAGGCUGUUUCUGCACUGCAGAUCAGAGAGGAUACAGAGGUAGACGCUAUCGUCCUCAACAGAAUGCUGAGAGGCUAAGCCAAUCAUUUUGGUGUUUAUGUUACAACUUACCAUGAUGUUUGCCGUCUUUGCUCAUGGUUCUGAAUAAAUGGAUCUGUGCAUAGUUGUCAGGACUUUGUCAGUCUUCUGUUCUUGUUGCUUCUUCCGUAUCGAACUAUGUGGCAUUAUGUAUUUCUCGUGUUGACCAUAAUGUCAAAUGGUUUGUUUCUUGGCA